UUGUAAAUUUUUGGACUUAAUAUAGCAAAUGGCUCUUCACUAUCAAGGCAAUCACACAUUCUGUAAAACAGAAAAGGGUUAUAUAGUUUAUCCCAAAGCACUUAAUAUUGUUUGGGGAAACGAUAAACGUUUUUGGAAGUUACCCAAAUACGAAAAGGAUGGUGCAGAACUUAUACAAGUAAAUUGGCUGGAGGUAACUGGUUGCAUUGACAAUGUUAAUAUAGAGAAGAAAGCGUCAUAUGAUAUUGAGUUUACAAUGUCAUUGAUGACUGAUGCGUUUGGUUGGAGCAAUUCACCAGUUUAUCUUAUGGCUAAAUGGGGAGAUAAUACUCAAUGGAGAAAGAUGAAUUUGACAAGUGAUCAGAUUAAUGGCAAAAAGAUGAUACCAAAAACUAUUACGAUAACAAAAGGGAAGGGAAACAAUGUUGAUAAGAUUUAUUUUGGAUUAUAUGAAGUUUGGAACAAAAAGUGGAAAGGAGGUCUCAAAAUUCAUUCUGUAAACCUGACUGAGAUCUAGAAGAUAUUUAGACGAGUGAAAGAACAACACUAUAAGACAAAAAUUAAAUAAGUCGAAUGUUGUCAUUCCGUAAAUCAAAGUUUAAAAGAGGA